AUGCUCUCUUCCUGUCCAGCAGAAGUCUUGACGGCGGUGGCGGGUGCUCAAAUGGCGCCGCCACCGGGGAUCGAACCUGCGUCUACUCCUCCCAAGGUCAGCAUCCUACCAUCAGAGACUGAGAGUGUCCACAGCGAGCCACCAGUAGUGGCAGGAUCCGUACCUAAUCCGUAUCAUAUCAUGAUGGAGGCUGAGCCCUCGGCCCCCGCGAUCCCCUUCGUCGCCUUCAAACUCAUCGGUGAGGGUGCUUCAGCUGAGAGCUCACCAAAUCAGCCUCAGCCGUCCUCACUGGACUAUCUGGCACCACUAGAGGCGACCAUAAUGCAUCGACAGGCUGCAAUGGGGAGGAGAGGUGGUUUGAGGCAUGGUCGGUCGAUAUUGGAAAGGGUCAAUUUGGUGGAGGAGAGUGACAAUAGUGAUGCUGAGGACGAAGUUAACGUCCCACUUGAAGCAAAGCAGGGCGGGGUAGUGGCUGAGUUAGCAGGAGGAGGAGGAGGCUCGCAGCCCUCGGGGAUCGAUGCGUUAGCGAGGCUUCAGAUGAGCAUGAUGAAUCAGCAUAGGAAGAAGCAGGAGAGGGGUCGGGUCUAUUCCCAUCGCACCAUCUUGGAGCGGCUUAAUUUACUUGAAGAGAGCGAUGAUGAUGAUGAUGACGGCGGGGGUAUCGUGUCCGGUACUGGGACGAGUAGUAGUCCAUCUCAAGACGUAUCGAGUUCCUCCCCUGAGGAUUCGUCUAGUGGCGGCGAACAGCAGCAGCAGCAGGUGGUCAUCGAGGAAGCUGAUGGGGUUAUGGCUCGAUCCUCCUCGUCGAUUGGUACGGAUUAUGACACUCCAAGAGGCGAUAGGAAAAUGGUAGGGAAUAGAAGGAAGAGGCGGAGGGCCGAUCGAGAUUCAUUACCUCGGAUUCGACUACGGCCUCCUUUAGACCUACAAGAAACAGCUCACGAGAUUUUUCCGCGUAUCUUCCUCGGGGGUCACCUUGUGGCUCGUAAUAGAGAGCUGCUGCAUAAAUAUAACAUAGCAAGUGUUGUUUGUUGCUGUACUAUAACUGAGUAUCCUGAUGAUGCCUUCUUCACAUCGGAUGGAAUAGAUUAUUAUCGAGUCGAUGUAGAAGAUAUGUCCUGUGAACCCAUCGAUUGGUUUUGGGAUGAGGCACACGAGCAUAUGGAUAAGACAUUACGGCCUUAUAUGGAGCGCGAUACGUCACCAUCCUGCUCUUCCACCUCUUCCUCAAAGCCUUCCCCUGGAGGUGUUUUAGUGCAUUGUCGAAGUGGAGUGUCUCGUUCGGCCUCCACACUGCUUUCCUAUCUUAUUAAACGACGGGGCUUGUCCUUGUAUCACGCCCUCACACACGUGAGGCAUUGUCGCAAUAUCCGACCGAAUUGUGGAUUCUUUGAGAAGUUACAGGAACUCGAAAAGAAUCUGCGGCCUGACGGAAAGAGUACAGUUGAUAGGAGGAUGUACUUUUCGUGGUAUAACAAUUGUCGGGACGUAGCGAGAGACGAGGGAGAGACGCUAGAAGAGCCUAGUGAUGAUGAUGAUACUAUAGACAAUAUUUACUCCAGAGACAUAGCUUGGGACGCAGAGCCUCCGAUGGUCGACAUGUAUGCAGGGGAAGAGGGAUGGGAUUAUUAACGAACGAUCUUUAGUUCCUUUUAUCAUUCUGUAUAUUUUCAAUUCUAGUCGCUUCGUA